AUGGCGUCCAGUGUGGUGGAAAACUUAUGUGAGUUACAUCAACUUUUUAGGGACAUAUCCUCGAAGUUUUCUCCCGCUGAAUCAGAAGAUGUCGUGCAAUCUUUGAAGAAUAUUUACGGCGAGGAAUUCAAAUCGCUAGGAAAUCAAGAUUUGUUGUCUUGUUUGGAUCGUUUGUAUGAAUUCGGUUAUGUUACACAUACGAAACUGACUCUAAUCAAGGAGUUCAUUGCUACAAGAUCAAACAAUAAGCAUGACAUUAACAAAAGAGUUGAAGACUUCGAGACCUCCCGCCCAUCGCAGCCUGAGCCAGAAAAGGAAUUACACGGAAGAAUAGAGGAGUUCAAGGAGAUUACGGAAAAACUUAAAAUGAAGCCUUCCGUUGUUAAUUUGCAUGGAUCCGCUGGAGUGGGAAAGACAACUCUUGGUAGGAACAUUUGUGAUAAAUGGGCUGGUGAGAAAUAUAUCUUUGAUUUAAGAGAAGCUAAAGAUAUGACGGCGGUUUAUCUAAACAUCAUGGGUAAACUUGACCUAAACAUGCAAAACGUUCGUUUUGAUAUGGGUACUGUUGUUGGAAGAAUUCAUGACCUGUUGAAUGUGACAAGCGAAGGUGCUCCUGUUCUUUUACUUCUUGACAAUGUGGAUCAGUUCACUGAAGGAAAGGGAAAGGAGAGCAAGAACUUAAGAACACAAUUUUUGUACUUCCUGGAAAAGCUGUCAGAGUUUGAUGGCAAGAAAGGUUCAUUAGACGUGCUUCUGACUUCAAGGACUCAACUGAAUGAUUCAGAGAAGGUGUCUGAUUUUAAGUUGCAACCUCUUACAAAUAAUUUUUCAGAGAAAAUCUUGCUACCUACAGAAACAUUUCAUGUUGAGGCACAGCACAAGAAGAAGCUUCUUGGCAUCUGCAACGGAGUCCCGUUACUGUUGAAAGGAACAUCUGCAAUUUUGAAACAAAAGCGAAAGUCACCCAGUGAUCUGAUUGAUGUGGUAGAAAUGAACUCUCAAGAGGAAGCUGGAUUUCCUGUGAAAUCAAAACAUGAGGGGGAUACAGAAGAAAACCCUUUCAAUUCAGAAGAAGAAGGCAUUAAUGAAGAGCAGACAUCAGUGAUCAGAGAAAUGUUCUAUAGCCUACCAUCUGAUACUUUGAGGGUUUCUGCUGUUUUAGUGUCAUUGUUUCAUGGACCCUUCACUGCUUCUGCUGCUGCCAAAGUUCUUGAUGUUAGCACAUCAGAAGCUGUAGCACAGCUUGAAGGACUAGCAACCAAUGAAAUUAUUCAUAUAGCUGACAAAGAUGCCAAACAGUUGAUGUAUGACAUUCAUCCACUUUUAAGAAAGUAUGCUGAAAGCAUUAAAGAUCAUGCAAUGUUCUGUGAAUCUUACACUAGAGCAAGGGGUCGAUUUUUUGAGCACUUUAUGACAAAGGUGCAAAAAAUCGCAGGAUUUGUAGAAUCCAACUACAUCAGGGCAAUUAAUGAGUUUGUAAGAGAUUGCCCAAACUAUGAUUUUGCAGUAAGCCUCUUCUUACUGCCAGAGUACUUCAUUUUUCCAGGUGAAUACCGGGAAAGUGUAAUCAUUGCAAGCCUUUUCAAAGACAUGUUGGCUCGAGAAAAACAGAUGGAGUUGUUUCGUUCAUGGGCAGAGAUGUGCGAAGAUGAUGGAGAGUCAGGUACACGUAACUAUCUUUUUCUUGGCAUUUUGUUAAUGUACAAAACAAUGCAAUCCACAUGCAAAUUUGUUGUUUUGCUAAAUAAAUUUAACCCAGAUUUUAGCCAUAGUAUGCCUCUCAAAUAUGUAGAAGUUCAUGGAGGCCCUUUUUGCAAAGUACCAAAGGGGGCUUUCAUGCAAAGACAUGAUAUCUUCAAACAUGAAAAUAACAUGUUAUUUUCACUCUUGGAAAAAAAGUCAAACAUGCUGGUAAACUCAUAGAAAACUUAAAGUUAUUUUAUAAAAGCAAUAGAUCAUUUCGGGUCGUGAUUUACAAACCUUUCUCUUGUUCUCCCAACAUCCUGCAUGGGUUAUCACGCCGGUAAACCCAUAGAAAGUGUGGUCUAUUGCUUAGGUAUUUUGCAUGCUACUACACCAGCAUUUGAAACGGAAUUACCCAGAAAUAGUCUAUCCUUCUUUGGUGAUCCUUUUUUUAUUAUGUGCCUCCAAAUUCGAUGUGAAACUAAAACAAAAAUCCACAGUAAUUGUCCAUUAUUGAUGGCAAAGAAGAUAAGGGGUAACAUCUCACCAAGUUGGUGAAUAGGGCUGGAAUAGCACAUCCAAAACUUGAAAACUUUGCACAUGCAUCACACUUUCGUUCAUUCUUUGCUAUGAGCAGGGGGGACGGGUUGACUGCAUGACCUCAACUCCAGGAGAGUUUGUCAGAGAAGAAAGAUUAUUUAAAACAAUAUGUAUCCCAAACUCUAACCUUGCUCAAGGCAUUGAUGCUUGGUGGAAAAAAAUACUUCUGUUCACGUACAUGUACUCCAUGCUUUCUUAGUCAUUGCUUACCGUACUUACACUGUAAUGAGUGGGAGCAACAACUAAAACCCACUGAGAUGGAGGAAAAUAUUUGGAAGUGAGGAUUGGGAUUAGUGCACCAAAUCCUCUCGGUAAACCGCUCUGGUACAGUGUUCAAAGUGUGUGGGUGACUUACUCCAGCUCUUUGCUGUUGCUGUUCAUACUAUACCAGAUUCAUGUAGACAAGAAAAGCUAUUCUGUAUAGUGUAGGUUUUCGGUCCUGAGAUUCUCGGGUAGGUUAUUCCAUAAAUCAGACAUUCAAACAAAUAUUUUCACUGCUGCAACAACUACUAGCACCACUUCCACUGGCACUACCACUCACCACAUCCACUUCAUGUGCCACUACCAAAAACACUAUUACUACAGCCACUACCACCUUUCCUUUUUGCUACCAGCUGCUGCUACUGCCAAUACUGCUACCACUGCAGUGAACAACAGCCAUAAACUGCACUGCUACUUUUGGUACCAUAUACCAACACCACCGCCACUACCAUUACUACUACCACUACCACUACCAUUGCCACUACCACUAUUUACUAGCACUGCCUCAACCACUACCACUACCACUUUCACCUCAGUAUAACACAUCCCCUGCUUCCAACACCAUUGCCUUUAGCACUCUAAUAACUGAAGUACAUUUACCAAGAGAAUCCAAGGCACAACGUGCUAAAGUCAACAAUUUUGGCAAUUUUAACUUGUUCCUUUUUUGUAGGUUCCUUAUUUCGCGCACGCUUACGAUGCUGGGAAGCUAGACUGGUCUUAGAAGCUCAGGGUGCGCAUAAGGCAUUUGAUGUGUUAGAGAAGGCAUCCCUGUCCUUAAAACAAGUUUAUGACAAAUCUACUGAAUCCUUCAAGCAGACUCAAGGGCUCGUCAGGUAUUUUGAGGGAGAAAUCUAUUACCAAAAUAGAUACUACCAGAAAGCGAUUGAAUGUCUGAAGUCCUCUUUAGACCUCAUGGAGGGUCCGCUAAAACUUGACACCAAUCUUGUCAGGUGUUAUAACGCUCUGGGCAAUUGUUAUUACGGACUUAAUCGAAUGGAGAAAGCACUCCAACUUUACUACAAGGCACUAAGAAUCCAAAAGGAAGUAUCUGGCUUUGAUUAUCACUACAACAUUCCAUUUUACAAGAACCAAAUUGGCACAGUUCACGAACAAAAAGGAGAGUAUGACUAG